CCCACCGCCGCCCGCCGCCCGCCCAGGCACAGCCCGCGGGAGCCGCCGCGCCCGCCAUGGACGUCCGCCUGUACCCCUCGGCGCCCGCGGUGGGCGCGCGGCCCGGGCCCGAGCCGGCCGGCUUGGCGCCCCUGGACUAUUACCACUGCGGCAAGUUUGAUGGUGACAGUGCAUACGUGGGGAUGAGUGACGGAAACCCAGAGCUCCUGUCAACCAGCCAGACCUACAACAGUCAGAACGAGAGCAAUGAAGACUAUGAGAUCCCCCCAAUAACACCUCCCAACCUCCCUGAGCCAUCUCUCCUGCACCUGGGGGAACACGAAGCCAGCUACCACUCGCUGUGUCACAGCCUUGCCCCCAACGGACUGCUCCCAGCCUACUCCUACCAGGCCAUGGACCUCCCAGCGAUCAUGGUGUCCAACAUGCUAGCCCAGGACAGCCACCUUCUGUCAGGACAGCUGCCUACGAUCCAGGAGAUGAUCCACUCGGAGGUUGCUGCCUAUGACUCGGGCCGGCCAGGGCCUCUGCUGAGCCGCCCGGCGAUGCUGGCUAGCCACAUGAGUGCCCUCAGUCAGUCCCAGCUCAUUUCUCAGAUGGGCAUCCGAAGCAGCAUUGCCCACAGCUCCCCAUCGCCCCCAGGGAGCAAAUCAGCCACACCCUCUCCCUCCAGCUCAACUCAGGAGGAGGAGUCAGAAGCACAUUUCAAGAUCUCAGGAGAGAAGAGACCCUCUGCUGACCCAGGGAAAAAGGCCAAGAACCCAAAGAAGAAGAAGAAGAAGGACCCCAAUGAGCCGCAGAAGCCUGUGUCAGCCUAUGCGCUUUUCUUCAGAGACACUCAGGCUGCCAUCAAGGGUCAGAAUCCCAGUGCCACCUUUGGAGAUGUCUCCAAAAUUGUGGCCUCCAUGUGGGACAGUCUGGGAGAGGAGCAGAAACAGGCCUACAAGAGGAAGACUGAAGCUGCAAAGAAGGAAUAUCUGAAGGCUCUAGCUGCGUACAGGGCCAGCCUCGUCUCUAAGAGUUCUCCAGACCAGACUGAUUCCAAGAGCGUUCAGGCCAACCCGCCGGCGAAGAUGCUCCCACCCAAGCAGCCGAUGUACGCCAUGCCAGGCCUGGCCUCAUUCCUGACGCCAUCAGACCUGCAGGCCUUUCGCGCUGGGGCCUCUUCCGCCAGCCUCGCCCGGACACUGGGCUCCAAGUCCCUGCUGCCAGGCCUCAGUGCAUCCCCGCCGCCCUCCUUCCCCCUCAGCCCUCCACUGCACCAGCAGCUGCCACUGCCUCCCCAUGCACAGGGAGCCCUCCUUAGCCCCCCUGUGAGCAUGUCGCCAGCCCCCCAGCCUCCUGUCCUGCCCGCUGCUAUGGCACUCCAGGUGCAGCUGGCUAUGAGCCCCUCACCUCCAGGGCCACAGGACUUCCCUCAUCUCUCUGAGUUCCCCAGUGGCUCAGGGUCCCGCUCUCCUGGCCCGGCCACAGCCACGAGCAGUGGAGACUGGGACAGCAGCUACCCCAGCGGCGAGUGUGGUGUCAGCACAUGCAGCCUCCUGCCCCGGGAUAAAUCGCUCUACCUCACCUAAUCCCGCCUCCCUCUCCUCCCUGAGACUUGCGGGAAAGGGUGCUGCUCAGGCCCUGAAGGACCCACAGCAGACAGGACACCUUGGCAGGAAGCAGGGUGCCAGAGAAGAGAGAGCAGUGACCCGCCAGAGCCCCUGGGCUGAGUCUCUUCCUCAACCUCCCACCAGACUCUGCAGAGGCAGCCCACCGCCCACCACAAGCCCAAAGAACCUGCAGGAACCUUCUGCCCUGACCCGCUUGCUCCAGGGUUCCAGUGGCCCCCCGCUCCUCACCCUGCACACCAUACCCUAUAUCUGGACUCUGGAUGUGAGGCCCCAACCCAGGCACCCACGGGCCGUCCCUCGAGGGGUUGCUUACCAACAGAAACCCAGCCUCAGAUGCAUGGGACAGGGACCUGCCCGGCCACAGUCGUGCAGAUACGGUUUUACAGUGUGAACAAAAGAUUAUGAAACCUCUAAACUGUUGGCUCCGUGUAAGUAGUUGACUAAGUGUUUUAGAACCGUGCUGAAGACUUCUGUAAGAUUAUUUUGUGGGUGGGUGGGGGGAGUAGUUUCCUUUAAGGUAAAAAAGAAAAGAAAAAAAGCAUUUUAUAUGACCCUUAGCACAUUUUUUUUAAGUUUUAUCUUAAGGGAGACAUGCACAGUAGCAGCUGCCAACCCCUCUCAUUGUCUGUACAGCCAGAGCCAGACACUCAGAAGCAAAGCACCUUCCACCCCACCCCAUGUGUCCAUCUGUUGGAAAUGGCCAGUAACGCCCUUUGUCUGUUCCUCAAAGAAAACCUGAGAGCAGAGUUGAGGUUUAAAAGUGGGCGUUUGGGGGUUUCAGUUCUUAAUAUUGUUUGCAGCUAUUUCCUGGCCCUGGCAAAUGUCUGUCAUGGUGCCGAGUGCUUCUCUCACGUUUCUUUAUAAUAAAACUUCUGAAAAGUUGAAGCAGCAA